CUUUCCAGAAAACUGCAUGGAAGCUUGCAGAAGCUCAUAAAGUCGAAACGAACGCAGAAAGCCUCGAAAUGGGCCUCUGGAUGCUCUUGAGCAUCUUCCUGUGUGUUGUGUUGAGAGUAUGUUUCAGUCAGCUUACGUAUGCCCCUAGUAUGCCGGACGCUCCCAAAACGGCAUGCCGAUUGCCAACUUCGAUCGGAGGCUCCGUCAACAAGCUUACAAAAAGUGACACACCCGACCACGGGAAGGUACUUUGAAUGCUACCUCACCAAAAUUUUCAAACAAGGUUGGGGAAAGCUGCAGUCGAAUCAGUGCAAAACUGUUCCGCGCGGUCCUGCAUCGUAUUGCGAUCAUUUUACAGAAGAGCACAGCCUCGGCAGGUUACCUCGAUUCGACAACAAUCGAGCUUCUAAAAUUGCACUCGAUAGUUCCGCGAACAAUGCCUCUCUUCAGCGUUUCAGUAAUCCAUGGGUCUACGUACACAUCACGCUGGAAUCAGCUCUUCGGUGCCUUUCCAGACGAAACAUGGUUCUCCUUGCCCGGUCUAGUUUGCUCUGCCUGCCUUUUCUUAGAAGCAGCUAUCGGGUGUAUUUUCCACAACCAAAAAAACUUGACAAGAGCAUCUUCCUAACAUUCUUCCUCUUCGUUUGAGGAGGUUAUUAGUCUUGAUACGCCUCUUCUAAACACAG